UCCACCAAACUCACACCAAACUGAAGUAAUUAAGUAGUUGCAUUCUAAGAGUUACUUAGCAGCUUCCAAUUAACAUCUUUCUCAAUGGCUUCCAAGGCUGCUAUUCUCCUCGCUCUCAACCUUGUCUUCUUCUUCGCAGUGGUUAGCUCCACAAAUGUCCCAUGCUCCCCACCAACCAAGGGUCACAAAAACACACCCUCCACAAAACCACCCUCCACAAAGCAACCUAGUUGCCCAAGGGACACUAUCAAGUUAGGUGUGUGUGCUGAUGUGUUGGGUCUGAUCAAUGUGCAGCUUGGAAAGCCACCAAAGACCCCAUGCUGCUCCCUCCUUGAGGGACUUGUUGAUCUUGAAGCUGCUGUGUGCCUUUGCACUGCUCUCAAGGCUAAUGUGCUUGGAAUCAACCUUAACCUCCCCAUCAACUUGAGCUUGAUUCUCAACUACUGUGGAAAGGGGGUCCCUAAGGGAUUCGUAUGCUAUUAAUUAAUUAAACCCUUAAUUCCUUUCAUCAUGGUGUCUCCUUUGUACUUUGCUAAUAUUUGAUUAUUGUUAUUGUUCUUUAUUGUAGUGAUGGUUGGAACUUGGAAGACUCCUUGUCUUCCUCCUCAUCAGCCUCACUAGUCUUUUGCAUUCCAUCUGAGUGACUUAUAAAAUUUCUGUUUGAGCAAAGAUUCUUACUUUGCUCCAUCCA